AUGUCGUCUGCGUCCGAAAUGCCUUCCAAUGGCGAUGCCAAACCUGCAUCCCCCGUUGACCUCUCCACCAUCCCGAUUUCCCCAGCUGGGCAAGAUAAGCCGCAAGGAAAGCCCUCGGCCGCAGCAACUGCAGAUGAGCAAAUCACCGUCUUUCACGACCCGGAUAACUUCAACGUGAAGCAUCCUUUAAUGCACAAAUGGACGCUCUGGUUCACCAAGCCACCUACUGGAAAGGGAGAUAACUGGAACGAACUACUCAAGGAGAUCAUCACCUUCAAUUCAGUGGAGGAAUUCUGGGGAGUCUACAACAAUAUUACCCCCACCUCGGAGCUUGCUCUGAAAUCCGACUAUCAUCUCUUCAAGGAAGGAGUAAGGCCAGAAUGGGAGGAUAUCCAGAAUAAGCACGGUGGCAAAUGGUCGUACCAGUUCAAGGACAAGCGCAGCGUGGCGAUCGACGACGUGUGGCUUCAUGUGAUGCUUGCUGCUAUUGGCGAGACCCUCGAGGAAGAAAACGACGGAGAGGUGAUGGGGGUUGUUGUUAACGUACGCAAGGGGUUCUUCCGUGUUGGCGUGUGGACGAGGACGAUCGGAAAGAGCAUCCCAGGUGGAGGCGAUGGUGAUGUUGCAGGAGGGAAAGGACGACCCACAGAGAGAGGCCAGGAAAUCCUCAAGAAUAUCGGCCGAAAGUUCAAGGAAGUCCUGACAAUUCCUGCGAAUGAGGUGGUGGAGUUCUCUGGACAUACCGAUAGCGCACAUGCUGGCAGCACGCGUGCCAAGGCCAAGUUCGUUGUCUAA